AUGGUCUCCACGUUGCAGCGCGAUGUGCUGCACUGCAACAUGGAGACCGCUGCGUGGAGACCGCUGCAACAACAUGGAGACCGCUGCAACAUGGAAUGCGAACGUGAGUUCCCACCCGUUGCGCAGGUGCUGGUUGUCGCCAACCCGGCGAACACAAUCGCGUUAAUUUGCUCCAAGUACGCCCCGUCCAUACCGAAGGAGAACUUCUCAGCUCUGACACGCAUCGACCACAAUAGGGCCAGAUUGCAGAUUGCCCAGAAGCUAAAGGUGUCGCCUGCGGACGUGCGGAACGUGAUCGUCUGGGGCAAUCACUCGGCUACCGUGUUCCCGGACGCCACUUACGCAAAAUUGAUAAUGCAAGACCAGGCCGUGAAGGUCACCGAUGUUCUGAAGGACGAAGCCUACCUGCAAGGAGAAUUCAUUACCGCCGUGCAGAAACGCGGUUUUGCAGUGUUGGCUGCGCGCAAACGGUCCAGUGGAAUCACUACAGCCUGCGCAGCAGCGGAUCAGUUGCACGACUGGUGGCAAGGAACGCCUGAGGGCGAGUGGGUGUCCAUGGCGGUGAUGAGCGACGGCUCGUACGGCGCGCCAGUCGGAGUGGUCUUCAGCUUCCCAGUUAGGAUCGAUGCUCACCGUCGCUGGCACAUCGUGGGCGGGCUGGUGCUGUCGGACUUUGCCCAGAAAAGGAUUCAAGCCUCGGGCAAGGAGCUCGUCGCGGAACGAAACGACGCUCUAGCUAUCUGCAAGAACUGAGGGCCGAGCACCCAUGCAUACGUAUAUAGCACGCUCUGAAAGUUCGUCGUUUGCUUCUGUCCUCAGGUCUCGCCACCAGCCGCUUUAUCUACUAUCAAGCAUAAGAGGCUUUUGUUUAAUCUAUCUCUGUCCGUGGAUUCCUGAGUUAAGGCGCGCACUGUGGCACCGACAGCCACGCCGCAGAAGUUUGCUAAAAGGACUGUAGUUACAGAGCACAAAUGUACUCUAGUGUGUAAAGGUGACAGGCCCUUACACUUUUUAUAUUGUGAUAUCAAUUAUAGGGACACUCCAGGCGCAUUUCCGCCGUCGGGGUCGCCGUGACGUCCCGCAUAACGUCCAAUAGUGAUAACUCGGGACACCGCGCCGUAUGCAGUGGGUGAGGGUGAUAGCGUUCGACAAUGUGCCAAAGAUGAUCACUCAAUCUCACGCACACAGGGAAGGAAGCGCGCGGCGUUCCACCACGCACAAGGCACCAGGGGCGGGGCCUUCUACUCCGGCGGCGGCUGCAUAUGGCCUGGCGGCGACGCGUGCCCUAUAUUGAAAACGAUCUGCGAGAGGCACAGAGUGGGCUGAGUGCCUAUAGCUUAGUGUAGGCUGUGUUCUUGCCGCUCAGUUCGCGUUGAAGCGACAUACAGCACGGAG